UCAAUCCCAUUAGUUAAAAAUUGAAAGAAAAUCUUAACCCCCAUGACCACAACAACAUCCAAUCUUUCACUUUUACGAUUUCUACUGAUACCCUUUUCCAUAUCUUUUUACUCUUAAAAAAUUGUUCUUUUCUUCCUCUUUUAUUUUAAUGGCUUUGCUUCUGUUUCCAUCUUCAUCAUUCACAAGAUAUUGUCUAACCAUUAAUUUAAUUUAAUGAGAUUGCCGAACCCAUUUCGGUCUAUAUGCUAGUUCCCCCAUCUCAAUUUGGUAUUAUCUGAGAGAUACGGAAAGAAUCGAUAAGAUUCUCCUACUCAAAUGCUGCUUUGGAUCGGAGCAACCCCUUCAUUCUUUGCUGCGUAUUCUUCACUCCCCUACUAAUCUCUUCCAAAUGGUCACUGUAUUUUUCGGUUUCUGAUGUUGUCUUUGCUGGCAUUGCUUAAUGGAACUUGUUUUCACCAAAUGGGUGUUUGGGUUUUUCCUCUGCUGUUGUCUUGUCUUCUCUAAAGCAUAUUCAGUGGAGGGAAUUCUUGGAGAUGAUAAAGUCAGGGGAGUAAACUUGGGAGGGUGGUUGGUUAUUGAAGGUUGGAUUAAGCCUUCACUUUUUGAAGGCAUUCCCAAUGGGGAUAUGCUGGAUGGAGCCCUGGUUCAAUUGAGGUCGUUAACAUUGCAGAAGUUUGUUAGCGCUGAGAAUGGAGGAGGCACAGGUGUUACAGUCAGUAGAGAUGUUGCAUCUUCAUGGGAAACUUUCAGGUUAUGGAGAAUCUCUGCAUCAGAAUUUCAGUUCCGUACUUCCCUUGGGCAGUUUCUAACAUGUGAUGGGCUGGAAUGCUCUGCAGCAGCUCAAUCGCCUAGGAACGCUGCAACUUUUGUUGUUGAAAGGAACAGCAAUAGAGUGCACCUAAAACUUAAGAAUGGAGCUUAUCUACAGGCUAUGAUAACAAAUCAGCUGACAGCUGACUAUCCAGGGAAGCCAGGAUGGGAUGACAAUGCUGCCACCUUUGAAAUGAUUGUUUCAAACAACCUGCAUGGAGAUUACCAACUUGCAAAUGGCUAUGGAAAGGAUGAGGCAACUCGUGUUCUUCAGAGACAUAGAAACAAUUUCGUCACUGUAGACGACUUCAAAUUUUUGUACAGACAUGGAAUAAACACAGUGAGAAUUCCUGUUGGUUGGUGGAUUGCUUUUGAUCCUGAUCCUCCUGCACCAUUUAUUGGUGGAUCUUUGGAAGCGCUAGACAAUGCAUUCUCAUGGGCACAAGCCUAUAACCUAAUGUGCAUAAUUGACCUUCAUGCUGCUCCUGGCUCCCAAAAUGGGAUGGAACAUAGCUCGAGUAAUGACGGUACAAUAGGAUGGCCCAAUUCUCCUGCCUACAUUUCCAAAACAUUGGAUGUAAUAGACUUCUUAGCUUCAAGGUAUGGAAAACAUCCAGCCUUGCUUGGAAUUGAACUCUUAAAUGAACCGUCAGCCGAUUUAGUUCCAUUUGACACCGUGGUAUCAUAUUACAAACAAGGAUACGAUAUAGUCCGUAAAUAUUCUUCAACAGCUUAUGUAAUAAUUUGCCAACGAAUUGGCAAAGCAGAUCCUAUGGAACUUUAUCAGGCUAACAUAGGAUCUCAUAAUUUAGUGGUGGAUUUGCAUUACUACAAUCUCUUUGAUCCUUUCUUUGAUCACUUGAGCCCCUCGGAAAACAUAGAAGUCAUAUACAAAAACAGGCAAACCCAAAUACAGGCCUUGAACAGUGCAAACGGUCCCCUCGUCUUCGUUGGAGAAUGGUCGAAUGAGUGGAAUGUGACAAAUGCGUCUCAGGCUGAUUAUCAAAACUUUGGAAGGGCCCAGCUAGAGGUUUAUAAUGCAGCUUCUUUUGGAUGGACUUAUUGGACCCUCAAGAAUGACAGGAAGCACUGGGAUUUUGAAUGGAACAUCAAGAACAAUUACCUUCAAUUUGGUGAUUCACCCAGCAGGGUUAUUUUCAACUGUUACUUGUUGGUUGCAUUAGCAUGUGGCUGGUUCCCUCACCUCCUGCUUUUGCUUUGAAUAAACCAUUGAGUUGAAGUGUUGCGGUCUUCAGGAUCACACAUUACUAUUCAUCUCUUUUCUUUUUUCCAGGAGGAACAUUUAAGUUUUUCCUUUUUGUUUGCUUUAAAAUUUUCUUUUUUUCUUCUUCUUUUCCCAUGUAAUCCAUUGAUUUAAUAUUGUAACAAUGAAUUCCUUUUCCCCCUCCUUUUUCUUUUUAUUUCUUUCUGAUUCAUAUAUGAAUAUGAAAAUGGGCCUUCACUUCA